CAAGAACAUUCGUUUGAUAGGCAUGAUUACAUGUAGCUUGUAGAGGAACAUUAACAUCUUUAUUUUAAUUAUCAUGAAAUAAGAACUCUCACACGGCCUGUUUCGUGCCGGACAACACAGCAUGGCCGUAGAGCCGCGGACCUUCAACCUUGAACCUUGAACCUCACACUGCCAUUAACAAGAUGACACCUGGUGGAAAAAACCAAGGUCCAGAAGCUGGGGCCUCGAUGGCAGCUGGAGCAAAAAAUGGUCCUCUAGAUUCGGUCCCCGCUGAAGAAAGUAGCGGUACCUCCACCACCGCUGAUUCUCCAAGAGGAAGUUCUUCUGGAAGUCUUUCAAGAACUGCUUCAGAUGCCUCUCUUUUAUCAUCUUCUUCCUCCGUUACCGUUGCUGACGAGGUAGGUGACAUGAUGAAGCUAGGAGGCGUCUGUCCUGUGCCGCCUACUGGUGCAGGAACGUUCCUUGAUAAGCUUCAAACCAAGUGGGGUCUUGAAAACGAUGGCCCUUCUCUUCAGAAAAUAUUCGAGUCUCACUAUAGUGAACGCUGUCGUUGGAGAAUACUCAACAACAUCUUGAGUACAACAUCUUAGGGCUGAUGAUAAUUCAUUUUCAAUACGGCAGGCAGUCUCAGCCUCAGGCCGUUCUCUCCUUUCUCUCUCUCUCUGCUUCAUGCGUUAAACCUUCUGUUAUAUACUUAUCUCACGCUUAAUCCGUCACUUUUACGGCAGGCAUUCUCAGGCUGCUCAGUCUGAUGGCAGCCUUUUCUUCUCAGGAGAGCUCAUUCUGAGACCAUCAACUCCGUAGAAAGUUCCUGUAGUUGGCUUUUGGAGGAUGUGGAAUUCUCAGUCAUCAUAAUAUUCUAUGUGAUGCUAGCGCUAAACAUCCUCUGGAAAGCCUGGUGAGCUCAACGUGCCUUGGAAGGACGGCCGUGACACACUCCUCGCCAGGACAGCUUAUCAUAUUACAAAAUAUCCGAAACCAGAUGAAGGAGGCGGUAAUCAAUUUCGAGAUUUGCUGAAGGAUAUGCUGAGCCAAUACCUAUUUCCGCUGGUCACGGGCGUGGUGGAGGACAGGUGGAAAAAAUUGCCACCAGAAUUAAGGCCAGAAUUUCAUUAUCUUGUGUGGUCUAUCCGAAGUGGGUUCCCUCUAGGAGUCACGGGCAGCCCAGAAACAGAAAGGGACGAGUAGAAAAACAAGCCACAAAACCACAGAGGGGUUUUAAAAGAUUUGCUCUUCAGAAAGAUGAGAAGGAAAAAAGACGAAGCACUAAUUAAGUUAGAUGUCGCUCAGCGUCAAAAGAUACCUCCAGAACAGGUAAAUGAAUGAAUGAAUGAUAUAGAUACUAUCGGCGCUAAAACUAGGUCAAGGCGCAUCGCAACUACAACCAAACGAUGUUCCCUGGGUGAAGGACACACUUGAAACUGUCGUCAUUGGCUUCCUCCAACAUCAGUGGGAGCUGUUACCUAAGGUGAAAAUAGCAGAUCGUGGUGGAAACCUUUCGGAUUUGGAUAAGUUAAACCCCGAGAGCACAUUUGCCUGCGAAUACGUCAAGGCUAUGAUGGCGGCAGGGCCUAACGUUGAGGUGCCCGACAUCAACUUGUUCGAAGGUGUUUGCGAAAAACAAAGUACUCAGGUACUGUCUAUCUUUAUUGACUCGAGGAGACGAACAUACAAACUUGAAAUAUAAUUGUUGAAAAUAUUAAUAGCAGUUGUUGAAAAAAUAUUUUUUGUAAUCAUGCUUUAUAGAUAACUGAGUUCUCUGCAAGAGGCGUCUCCAUGUCUUAAAAGUCAGGUUGUCGGCGGGCAGUGGCCAUUGUUCGUAGCCAAGAAGGUGGUGUCUUCAGAAGGAUACAGCAGGUUGCCACAAAUAGUCAUUGACGCCUGCAGAGACUCCUUGCGGGCCUACCUCUCGGGAGUCGUAUCCGAUCGCACCGAAGGCAAUAUCAGACUGGUAAUCGCAUAUUUUGCUACUUUGUUACAUGGGUGAAUAUCUGGGCUGUAUAUGAAGAAAGAAAUUCCAAUUAUGUUUAUGAUUUUUUACAAGUAAAACAAGAACAUCAAGCAAAGUAGAAACAUGAUGAUCGAAUUCGAAAUUAGUACAGGUCUAUUGAGCUCGCAUAAAAUGAAUAUGAACCCUCAAAAAUGGCUGUUAUUUUUAAAAACAAUCGUUGACUCUUGCAGGUGAAAGCCGCCGGAGAGGACUUCUUCCGUGAAGUUACUAUCGGCGACAGCAUGCUGGAUAAUUUGUGUACAGCAGACGACUUCUCACUGGCAUUCAAUGCUAUUGACUUUUCUGGUGUGCUCCAAAAGGCGACGAUGUUAGAGGCAGUCCUGAAUCCCAAAUUCGUGGGAAGGUUAAGGCUACAACCGUCAAGAUGAACUAUGCCUCGAUAGAAAGAUAUUUAGUCAAGGUCAUCAUGAACAUGGACAAGGAGAUGCCUGGGCAUUUUCUCUGAGUGUUGGGAAUCACGGAAAUUAACAUGUAGCAUGUAGUUGAUGCGAGCCCAUUUUUCUAAUAUUUAUACAAUUACACUACUCGCCCUAGAGUAGGUCAUCUAAGCAAGAGCAAGACGAAUAUCCAUAAGCAUUUCUAAAGAAAAAGCAGCUGCAGCUCAAAGUACAAGGAUCAGAAAUAAGCUGUUCCGCGUUUGCUACCGAUCGCCUCGAGGGCCUCCAAAAGUGGGGAUUACCAAGUGCUGAAGGUCAACUUUCUCUUACGACAUUGUUUGGGAAGCUACCUAGCCACGAGCUACCAGGAGGCAUCGAGUCAUCAGCAAGAGUUUGCCAGCUAGCAGUGUUCAACAACAUUUUCAGCGACGCUCCUCCUUCUGACGCCCUUUGGCGAGAAGGCCGUGACACACUUCUCGGCAGGGCGGCCUAUCACGCUUUAGGCGGCCUCCCUGUUCCGGAACCAGGAGAAGACGGAGGUGAACAAUUUGAACACUUGCUGAACUCGAUGCUUGACGAGCUUUUCUCUGUCGUCAUGAGUAGUAUUAAGGCUCAGCUUUCAAUGGUCAUUGGGGUUGGUCACUGUGAUCCCUCUUGAGGAAAGAUGGGGGGGAAAAUGAAGGAAAAGCAAAGGGAGAGGCAUGGGGCCCAUUUCUUUCAGCAUCAGUGACCGAUGAAUGCUGAGCUUUAAGAGUAGUAGUCCUCUCUUGCAGGAAAAGCAAAACGGUCUGGCACUGGGGACUCCGGUUUUCACGAAAGACGUCGUCGCGGCCGUAAAGAAAUCGGUGGAGACUGUUAUCUCACAUUUUCUCGCAAAGGAGUGGAAGUUGAUACCGGAAAUACAUGUAUCCGAUCGUGCUGGAACCAAAGGCGCAGCUGUGAAGAGCGGAAGCAUCUUCGCAUGCAAGUACCUGGAGGCCGUGCUGGAUAAGUCCGCAGAUGAAGUGGAUCUCGUGAACUCUUGCGAAGGGCAGACGACGUCGGUACUGUUUUUUGAAGAAAACUUUUUUUCAGCGGAAGAGUGGCAUCAAUUUUCCCAUCUUAUUAUCAUUAGGCAUGUCAUACAUAAGGAUAAAGAUAGUGAUAGCAGUGGAACAACAACAGCUAGAUUUGUAAGUAAUCAGUUCUGAACUUCAAGGUCACAGGGUACAUUUAUGUGCGAGCAACGUCGCAUCUCUUCAACUUCAUACAUAAUCGAAUGUUUUUCCUACCCCUCUGUAAAUAGAAUAGUAUAGAUGAAGAAUUAAGCAAGACGUAGAAGAAGUUCUCCCUGAAGUAUAAGUGCAAUUUUUUUCAGGUUGGCGACAAUGCGGCUAAGUGGGUUGGAUUUCUGGACACGCCUCAGAAAGGACUCAACCAGUUGCAAACAAUAGUCGCCGGCGCUUGCAAGAAAUCGGUGGCCGAAUAUUUGAAGAGAGUGAUUUCCAGACGCACGAGCGGCGCAGUCGGCGUACUUAUUUCUUCUUAAUACUGAAAUAGUCUCGAUUUAGUACAAGAUGAACAGGAUCGAUGGAUUUAUUGCAUCGCCAUCGCUCCACAGAAACCAUCAUCUCCACGAUUAGUACCUCUGUCCUGAAUUAGCGUGUGUGUGGAAGCGUUUGUAUUUGCCACAUUUCUAAGUAGUUUGCCAUAGUCUAGAAACUUAAUCUGUUUUUGAGUUCUUGCAGAUUUCGUGAUAAUGAAAAACAAACAAUGAUGUUACACGAUUUUUUUAUUUUUGUUUCAUUCUUGAGACAUUGUAAGAUACAUAAUGACUUUUUUUCUCAUGAAGAGAGAGAGUUUCUUGAAUUCUAAGGCCAAUGAAAUUAUUCAUCGAUCAUCUACUUCUGCACCAGGUGACACUCGACAGUAGUGGCUCAAAACAUGAGCACUCAGUGACCAUUACGGAUCACAGUUUGGGUGUGUUGUGCACUGGCGCUUUUUCAUCACAUGGACUCGACUUUAUUGAAAGCUGGCUCACAGGGGCGGAAAGAAUGCGGGGGCUUAGUAUGGUGGCGCAAGUCAGCACUUCGCCCGCACAAAGCACAAGCUCGUUACGGCUUUCAUCCACAAUUUCUCAAUGUUAUCCCACUUAUUUUAACACUUUUGUUGCCUGGUCCUGGAGCUAGAUUGAUGGAAACAAAGUAUGAUGAGCAAUAUCUUCAACCCCGUGUGUAAGUAAUGCCUCUAAAAAAAGGUGCUUCUGCAACAUUUGCAGCAGGUCCCAUGGCAGCAACUGGCAGGGAGGAGAAUCGCAAUCGCCAAGAGAUCCUCUUAAGGCGAACGGAAUUAGAAGCCUCUUGACUUCGACGCAAUUGAUUUGUCUUAUUCUUGCCACCUCCGACCUAAAGAGAACAACACUCGAGGAGUCAUCAUGUUGCUAAAAGAUACUGAAAAUGUGCCCAGAACGUGGGCCCAUCAAGGGCCCGCUGGGGCAUCAAAAAACAUUGAAACUAGGCAGGGAGAGUGGGCGCAGUGUUCGCCAAAGCACACAAGCUGGAGGAAGGGGGUGUCGGCGCGGGCACAUCCAUCUGCAGAAGCUGGAUCCUUUUGGGCGUGAUCGUGUCCAUGUGGUGAAUAAGCGAAGCCACCUCCAUACCAAAGGGCAGAGGGAGCGCGCCGAGCACCCAUGAGAGGGCCGCGCUUACUUGAGCACACCCACGGGCAUAAGCUGGGCCCUUUUGUGCCUGAUCAUGCCCAUGCGAAGAAUAAGCGAGACCAUACCCAUGAGCGGCAUCAUGUCCAUGACAGACCAGGACCACACUCAAGCACAUCCGUACGCAGAAGCCGGACGCUUUUGGGCAUGAUCGUGCCCAUGUGAAGUAAGAGAAGGCGAGGCCAUCCCCUCCCCAUGCCAAAGGGCUGAGCUUGUUGAGCGUCAUCAGGCUCCUGAGAAGGCUGCGCCGGCUUGGGCGUAUCUAUGUCCAGAAGUAAGCUGGGCGCUUUCGGGCGUGGUUAUGUCCAUGUGAAGAAUAAGCGAGGCCACCACCAUGCCAAAGGGCAGAGGCAGCCGAGCACCACCAGGCCCAUGAGAGGGCCAAGCCCAGGCUUGAGAGCAUCCAUGGGCCGAAAGUGGACCCUGUUGGGCGUGGUCGUGGGCGUCCGUCGGAGGAAUAAGGGAAACCGCCUCCAUGUCAAAGGAUGGAGCUUGUUGAGCGUCAUCAGGUUCAUGAGAAGGCCACACCUGGGCACGCCAGCAAUGUGCAGAGGCUGAGCCCUUUUGGGCAUGAUCUUGGCCAUCUGAGGAAUACGCGAGGCCACCCCCAUGCCAGAAAGCGGGCAUAGUUUGCUGAGCAUCAUCAGGCCCAUCAGAGGGCUGCACCUGACUGCAGUGCAAGCAUCCAUGUGCAGGGGCUGGACCCUUUUGGGCAUGAAGAUCAUGCCCGCCCCGUCGGAUCUGGAGAAAAAGCGAGGCCAUCGCCGUGCCGGAUGAGCAUCAACGAACACCAGGCCCAUGCGAAGACUGCACCCUCGAAAAUAUCGCCCAUGCGCAGGCGUUGGAGCUUUUUGGGCAUGAUCGUGCUCAUCAGUCUGAAGAAUAAGCGGGACCGCAUCCACGUCAGAGGGCUGAGCUUGUUGAGCGUCAUCAGGUCCAUGAGGAGGCCACAUGGAGGCACGCCCAUGCGCAGAAGUUUGACCCUUUUGCGCGCGAUCGUGUCCGCCUGCAGAAUGAGCGAGGCCACCCCCAUGCCAAAGGGCGGAGCUUGCUGAGCAUCAUCAGACCAGGCCCAUGCUGAGGAGGCCCCACUUAAGCACGCGACCCAUACGCGACAGCUGGGCUUAUCAAUCUUGAUGGGCACGAUCGUGCCCAUCUGAAGAACUGGCGAGGCCGUCUCCAUGUCAAAGAGAGGGCGGAGCUUGCUGAGCGUCAUCAGGUCCAUGAGAUGGCCACGCCCCGCGUGCAGAAGUUAGGGCUUUUUGAGUGGGGUCAUGUCCGUGGGAAGAAUAGGCCAGGGGGGGGCGUCUUCGUGUGCAUCCGGGGAAUGUGGGGGGCUCUCUCCAUUUCAAAGGGUAGAGCUUGCGGAGCAUCGUCAGGCUUCUGAGAAAGCCACGCUUGAGCAUAUCCAAACCCAUGCGCGGGAGGUGGGUGCUUGCUUUUUGGGCUAGGUCGUGUCCGUCUGAAGAAUAGUGGAGGCCAUCAGCAUGCCAAAGGGUAGAGCGUGCAGAGCGUCAUCAGGCUCCUGAUAAGACGGCCGCGCCAGCCUGGGCACACCAUGCGCAGGGGUUGGACCCUUUUGGGCAGGGUCGUGCCAAUCUGCAGAACUACAACACAAAGGCACCCGAUGGGGGCACUGUGAUGAUUUGAAACGAGAAGGGUGGCGCGCUUUCUCUCAAUUUUUUCAAAAUGAGCAAAAAAGCAAGCACAAGACACUGACACAGCAGAAAAGCGAGAGGAAAGCGCUGGGCUGGCAACUUCGUGAGGGGUGGGCAACGGAGCGCGGAGCCCGUGGACAAGGAAGGAAACCAAGAGAAGGCGCGGCGGCUAGUAGCACCAGGCGAAUUUUUUAGGGGGCGGCAGCCGGUCAACAUCCUCGCGCAGCCGCCCAGCGGACGGCCGGGCGGCUGCUGCUGUGCUGUCUUCCAUGAAAUCUGCCUUGUUCUUGUUCGUCAUAUUGUUGGAGCCGUGAGCUUCGAGGAAUUAUUAUCCAAAAACAUUCCCAAAAAAUUUGCAAUCGUUUGGCGCUGUGGGUUGCUUGUGUGGGUAUCUCUUCGGCAGGUUUGGGCGGGUAUUUCUGCAAGAGCUCAGGCGCUUGCUUGGUGGCGUAGUUGUCUGCUGGGAUGAUCGGGGGCCGCAGAUGGUUGGGGUGGGCCUUUGGAUCGGAGCGGGGUGCUGGUGGUCGAGCUCGGUGGCAGAGAGGUGCGCUGGGGGCUCGGUGGGUUAAGGCUAAGGGCAGUCGGGGCGACAGGUUUAGGGUUUGGCGGUGUCGCUGCUUAGCUUUCUGGCCUCUUGGGGACUCGCGUGCCCGAUUCUUACCCAAGGGGCCACGCAGGGGCCUGCGGGGUGCCUUCGUGGGCGUCUCGGUGGGCCCUUUUUUAGCAAAAUAAAUUAUUCUGGAAGAAUAUAGCCGCAUAAGAUGGCAAAAAGUAAACUAUUCUGGAACUUUCUAGGGAUUUUGUUUCUAGAAAUUUUCUAGAACUAACUUACUUUGGCUAUGAUAGUAAUUUCUUCGAAAAUUAUUUCCAUUCCUGGGCCCACAGGGGGAGGGGGUGGACGGGAGCGAGGGGGGGCGCGGUGGUCUCGAGGUGUGGGCCCUUUUGUCUUUCCCCCCGUGGGGCUCCGGAAGAUGGCUGGAGGGCAAGAGCUGGCUGAUGGAUUGCAGGCUCUGCGGCAGGCGCUCGGCUUUUGUUCGGGUCGUUGAUUGCUCAGGGGUUCGCCGUUUCGGCAUUGUCUCCGCCUCUCGGUGCCUCUGGGUGUGUGAGUCUUCUGGGGUGGUUGGUUGUGCAUUCGGCUGGGCUUGGGUCUUGGGUUUUCAAAUUUUUGCGGAAUUUUUCGAAAGUUGUAACUACCAGCCGGCCCUGGGCUCCAAAUAUUGCCGCUGCCUCUCGACGGGGUCGCCGCUCGCCUCGAUUUUUAGCUUCUUGACGACUGUGAGGGCAGGUGGGCAGGCUACUCUUGAGGCAGAAACGAGGCCAGCUCCGCCCGCCGGCGAUUUUUGCCGUUGUUGGUAAGGCUUUCCGCGUCUUCUCUUGUUGUUGUUCUUUCGGCACCUUCGCCCUCUACUUCUAGUCUGCAGCCUGUUGCCCUUCGGUCCAGUACUAGUCUUGGCGCCACUACCUAGCAUCACAACUCGAAGCAGGCGAGGCGAGCAAGUAGCUGGCGGCUGUGUGCUAGUGUGUAUUUCUAUGAGGGGGGGGCCUCUAGUAGUAAGCCGCUGCUGCUCUUCGUCUUGUUUUCGUCUUCUUCUUUUACACGAUGAGGCACUUGCGCUGCUGCUAUUUCUUCUACCAAGCCGCGCCAGUGCUCGGACUGGCGUAGGUGGUGCAGCUCGUCUACCUCCAUGCGGCUGCUCGUCUCUUGCAGCGUCUUCUACUCAGUUCUACAGAAAGCCUGACCUAGAUGACGAAGAGCAAGGCACCCCGGAGGGCCUUGACCAUAUCCAGCGAGCGCUCGCGUUUUGUGUGGUUAUGUGUAGAAGUGUUACAGUGUUGGCCAUGCUCUGAGCCUUUGAAAAUGUAUGAAGACCCACAAAGGCCCAAAGGAUGAAGCAAGGCCAUCAAAAUGACCAAGGCCGCCAGGCGAAUAAAGUAACCCAUCGGCGCCAUUCUCAACGCGUUGGCCGUAGUUGGCGCGGGUGCGUGUCGGAGGUUCUCAGGCCUCUAGCAAACUCAUCCGGAGGACCAUCCAAGCGCCUGGCUGGUUUGCCGUUGCGCGGGUGCCUUCAGGCUUCUCUUCUCUCUCGUUCGUUGUUUCAAAUCUCUCAGCCUUGUCAAGGACAAAGCACCACCGGAAAGACCCCAGGGGAAGCCUCUAGACCUAAAGGCGUGCGGGUUCAAGAUAAAUGGCCAACAGGCGUAGAGCCUUCAGCGUUUUCAGAUCGAGGAGGUAGCGCGUGCGCAUAGCUGUAGCCGGGUCCGCAUCGUUUUGCCAGUCCGCACCGGUUCGAACUGCGUGAAGGCUGUGGCGCUCCCCCGUGGGGUGGUGGGUUCGUCCGUAGGGUCUGGGGCAUGUCCAUCCAGUGAGGUCACUCAGAUCCAGACGGGUACCAACAUAGGCGACCGCAUGAAGCUGAUGACAAUGCAUAACCUAAGGGCCCCCAUGUGGGCACGUGUUGAGGCGUCUCCCAUCAUGAUACCCCCGAGAAGAAGCAGAGACCCCCCCGCAGCCCAAAGGAAUCCCAACAGUGAGAAAACCGGCCAGAGAUCAUCAGUGAGCCUCAGGCUGUAGGCUCAGUUCGCAUUAAGCUAGCGCGUCGCCCAUUGUUUCUCAGCGAGGGACUGCGCCUGGCUUAUCGGUCUGCUAUCUUGUAGCCCAAAACGCAAGCUGUAGCCCUACCUUUCGAGAAGCUCGCUCCCAUUAGAGAAGUCAACCGCGGAACUUGUAGAGGCAGACGAAGCGGCAGGCCCUACGCUUGCGCUAUGUGACUUGAGUGAAGCCGUUGACCGAGCAAGUAGGGCUUGGGACUUUCUGGUGAGCCCCGUUCUGGGGCGGGGGUACUGUCGACAGCGCUCGUUUUCUUUUCUGAGGAUGUCGUCUAGCCUCGUGGCUAGACUGUUGCUUGUUUGUCUCUGGUCUGGUCUCGGGCCGGCGACGGCGUCAGCAUCUACCUCGGGGCAUAUGCAUCGCCUUCCGCCUGUUUCUUAGGUUGUUGCCUUUCGCAGCGCCUAUUUUUUUCGCGUCGAUUAGUUUCCACCUUAGGCAGCUGCCCUUCGGAACAUCUAGGCUAACUUUCGUUUCGUUAGUUUUCUCGAUCUUGGGCUGUUAGUUGCCCUCGCGGCGUCUAUUUCUGACUCUGCCAGUAGCCUUAGGGCUGUUGCCUUCGCUGCGCCCAUUGUGUUGGCAGUUUCCGUAGGCUGUUGCCUUCCGCAGCAUCUAACUUCGCUUCCAUUAGUGGCCCCUAGCCUGGGCUGUUGCCUUUCGCAGCGUCUAAACCUACCGCUAGUCGCGUCCCUAUAGGUUGUUGUUUUUUGCAGUGUCUGUUCUCUCAAUAAUUUAUAAACUGUGUGCUCGUUGGUUGCUUGACUCUUCGGCGUCAGCGCCGCUACCUAUAUCGCAGCCUCUCUAGUCAUUUCCGUUCUUUGAGUGGGCUGCCUGCUUGGUUUUGGGUCCUUCCGGACGACACUAAACCAGCACCAGCACCGAAAGCAAUGGAAUGGGACCACCCCGCUACCGAUUAGGGACACAGCUGAAGACCAUCAGACGCAUCAAGCUCAGGAGCCGCAUCAACGCCAACACGAUCACGAGCGAGACCAGCUAGCACGAGAAUGAACACGAGCAAGGCCGCCGCUGAUAAAAUAUCUAGAGUUCGCCUGGUCUGCUUUCUUUUCUGUUCUGACUGUUUUGAGGUUGUUGCUCGCCGGGCAUGUAGUGGGGGCAUAUAGCUUGGGCUGGUUCGUGUUCUGUUGUCGUAUUUGGUCUGUUGUUCUUUGAGUUGGUUAACUUGGACCAUUUUCAUCAUUUUCAUCCUCGCUAACGCCAUCCGCCAUCGAUAGGCGUGCGCCUUUGACGGAUAGCGAACGCAACACACUAAAGAGGACACUGGCGACCGCACUGAAAACAACAGCCCACGAACCAAGAACCUCCAGGCGUCAAGGUUCGACAGGUUUAAGGAUUUGCGUACGCAUUUCAUACAAAGAGGGCGGUAAGCCUCUUCCCACGCUUUUCAAGCGUUUCCGGCUCUGAUUUGUUUAAGUGUUUACAAGGAGGGGCAAGCUGUGGGGGAUCAUGCUGGAGCCAGGCGCGCCGGCAGGAUUUUCUGAGAGGGUGAGGAACGAACCUACACAAGGAGAAGGAGGCGCGAGUGGUGUCGCAGUGGGGAAAACGCCGAGCAGAAGAGACAGCGACUGGCCUUGGAGUGUGCCAGGGCAGGGGCCGCCGGUGUCCCCGCCUCUAUCUCUUCACCGUCUACACACUAGCGACGGGCGAAGAAAUCGCGCGAAGACUAGAGGGGGAAGGCCUGAGGGGUGUAGAAGUGACCGGACCAGCGAAGGCGACUGAAGAACCGCAAAGAGGCUGGGCUGGCAGAAUAGCCGGCGCAAAUGGGAACGAACCAAGGAGGAAGAAGCGCGGCAACCCGGCCCCCGAAGAGAGGCAGCCGCGCAGGGGGGUGCUCUGUCUUGGAGCGUCCCGGCGUGCGUGGGGCUGAUAGAGGCACGGCCAGGGCUUUCAGCCUCACCACCUACGCGGAUGGCGCAAGCAUAUGGGGACACACGGUGGAGAAAACGGCCUGGGCGGUGGAGAUCUUCGAAGAAGUAGGGCAAGAGUCAGUGCAGCACGAUGGUGAACAAGUAGAAAACGGAGACCCCCACACGGGAGAAACUAUCCCACCAAGAGGGGAGGGCUUUGCCCUAAGUGAGAGACUAGGAAGCUGCGACUUCGAAUCAAAAGGGGCGGACCUGAUCAAAAGGGGCGGGCGGCUUGUCGGUGGUGUUGUGAAUGUCUACGGCGCCACGCGGCUGGAGGUUGCUGACCGGUUAAACAGAGCCAAGGUAGAAGGUCGCAAGGAUGGCCGGCCGCUCCUAAGGGGUGAGGAUACUGACCAACACGACAGGAAGACGCUGGUCGAAGCCUUGGCGGGCGCAGUUCUUGACAUGUCCAAACUGUCAGACGACGGCCGGACAUGGAGCAGAUGCAGCAGAUCCAGACCAAACCGGUCAGGGCGGUGGCGGACCUGCAGGAGGAGAAGAGACAGACUCGGAGAGACUUGGGGAAAGAAGAGAGCGGCCCUACCGCUUAUGAACAUGACAGAGGAAGCAACGCGCGCGGCAUAGAGAAUGGUGGAGAAGGAGCAGCGCCUACCGCAGGAGGAAGCAGGCAGAGGAGUCUGCCUCCCCACGGUUCGGAGCAAAUGGGAACGCCUGAGGCUGUUGGAAAUGGUCGACAGAUACAGGGGGGAAAAGUGGGGCAGAAGGCUCGGCCUUGGGGUGGCCCUCAAGGCCAGCGAAGGGCUGGGCGUGAGGCUUUUCAGGGGGGUCAGACUAGGGGAGCGAGACAACACGGGGGCGGAGGCAUGGACGAAAUUCACGGAGUGACUGGCGAAAUCCCUCCAAAACGGACCGGGCGGGGGUUCUAUAGCAUGGAGGAGCUGAGUGAUGUAAUAGAUAUAGCGCGGGGCCCAGAAAAGCUGGAAGAGGCGCCACGCGUACGGAAUUGGGCGGAACGGCUGGGCGUGGCAGAUGUGUGGGACCUCGUAACACGUUGCCCGCAGUCGGUCCACUGGAGGGAGCUCGGGAGCGCGGCGGUGAGAGUCUUGCGCAAUGUUGGAAGAUCGAGAGGGCAGGGACCAGGCGGCGCGCAAACAUUUUGGCUGGGAAGGCUCUAAGAGCGCAAAGGGCUUGGCGGCGGACUCGACUUGGUAAGGACGGCAAAAAACUGGAAGGAGGGAGGGCGCGAAGGCUGUGGCUACCAGGCUGCAAGCGAAAGGGGGCGGGAAUGGGGGAGGGGCUUGGGGGACAUUAUGGACGCCGGCGGCUUGGAGAGGCUCCCGCACUUCCAGGGAAUCGACCUGGAGGGGGCGGGACUGAACUCAGAGGAGGUGAAAGAGGCGGCGCGCAUAGCGCUGAACGAAAGAAAGUGACGAAGUGGCCGCGCGUAGGGAACGGCAUGCACAUCCAAGACAAGCAAGAGGCGGGGGAGCUCCUCAAGCUUGUGGAGGAUUGGGAACACGAUGAGCAGACGGGGGAAACCAUUGACCAGGAGAGCCGGCGGGAGUGCCCCUGGGGGGUGAAGAAAUGCCGGGGGGCACAGUCGGACACCCGCCGCGGCGGUAUGUGCCAGAUCGUGACGCACGGCGCGGGCCAGGCGCGCCGGGAGUCGCUUGGGUUAGAACAGGCCAAAGGGGUCAGAAGGGGCGGGAAAAGAUGGGAGGCAUUCCGCGGGGCCAAGCGAAUGCGCUGGGGCCCGAGCCGAUGACAGAGGCAAAGGCAUGCCCACGCAAAGGGGAGAGGCGCAGCUGGCCGGCAGGGGCCCCGGGCAAGUGGUGCGAAGGGUGCAAAAGAAUAGAAGGGGGAGAAAUCUGGGCCACCCAUUGCAAGGAAAGAGAAGAGAAAAGGGAAGAGAAUCUUGGCAGGAAAGAGCAGGAGGAAAAGACUAAGGCCCAGAGAAAAAGACAGAGGAGAGAGGAACGGGAGGACAAGGCAGGCACGCAAAGAGGCCCAGCGCAAAGCCCAAAAAAGAGAAGAGCAAGAGACAGAGGGAAAGAGAAGAGAAGGAAAAGAGAGACCCGCGGACAAACCGCCGGAAGGACUCAGGGAAGGAGAGGAGGCAACCAAAGGAGCCUGCAGGAGCGGAAGGGGCAAAAGGAGAGAAGAGGCCGGCGAAGGAACCGCGGCAGGACCUCAGAGAUAGAGAGGAGGGGGAGAGGCAGCCAAGAGAGCAGGAAGGGGAAAAGGGCAGAGCCUCCAAGAAGAAGGGGACAGAAGGGCCACCCAGCAGCCCCACAGCACUGGAAAGAAAGCAGCAAAAAGGACAAAAACAAGCGAGACGGAAAGAGAAGGAGAAGGAACGCCAGGACGGAAGUGAAAGAGAAAGGAGAGGAAGGGAGAAGGCCUGGCAAAGGGGCCGCCGGAUGAAAUGAGGCCAAAAAGACCACGAAGGGAACAGGACAGCAAAGGGAGAAGGCUGAAGCGAGGGGGCCGCGUAAGGGGGGGCCCCCAGAUGAAGGGGGAGGCAGUGCAGGGGGGUAGGAGCAAGCAGGGCCGGCUCUCCUUGCCUCUUUGGGGUCCCCCGGAGAGGUGGCGGGCGUUGGUCUGGCCUCUCUCUGCGAGAUCGAGCAGGGCAGGGGCAGCCCUUCACAUUAAAGAAGGCAAGGCGGCCCUCUUAGGUAAAGCAGCUGCAGAGAUGAGAUGGCGCCCCGCCUUACCUGAUCGUUGGGCUUGCGUCAUCAUCAUCAUCACCAUAGGGGGCGGGCCACUUGAUCCACGUCCAACAUGUCGACUGGGGCUCCCAUGAGAGGAGUUGCUGCGCUGUAUUUGGCUCACCUGCUUCUUGCUGUUUUUGUUGGGUCGUUCUUAGAGGGGGCAGUCUCGGCGUUUUUGUUGUUGGAAGGCAUGGCGGCUGCCUCCGUUGUGCUUCUACUGAGUAGUACUAGACGAAACGGAGCACGAGCUGCGCCAUGCUUGAUGUCGUUGUGGUUGCUGAGUUAGUAGAGCUAGUAAGCUGUGCUGGCAGUUGAUGGUGAUCGUGCAACCAUAAAAAUCCACUCAGAAGCCACAACACGGGGCGCAGUCUGUUUUUCUGUUUCGUGUUGGAUUAAAGUAGGCGCCCCGAACGAACAUCCCAAGAGGCAGGAUGGAAAGACCCCAAACGAACACCCACAGGGAUCAAGCCAGCCAGCGGCCACCUGUCUCAGGCUGUGCGUUCGCCUCUGAGUCAGGCUAGCGCCGUGCUGACUGUUUCACUUGUCAGCAAGAAACUGAGCCCGCUUGGCAUAGCAGCUUGCGCCCUUGUGGUCCAACAGUGUGAGUCCUCUAGUCUCUGACCACUCUAAUCCUAGCGAGUCAAGAUGGCGAAUUAAUCCACCGGGGCAAGCGACAGUCAGACCGAUUGGAAAUACCAGAGCCAAGUGAGGAGGCUCUCGCGCUUUUCACAGGGGAGGAGUUUGAUUGCCUAGCAGCCGGCAAUAGAGAAGCCGUGCGUCCCUUGUUGGCGCAAUGGGUAAGCGGCGAACCCAACGCUCCACCGCUAGUGUUAAGGCUCUCUCCAAUUCAUCUUUCAGGUGCGUCCUUGCUCUCUGAAGCGUAUGGGCGUGAGGGGUUAGGGUAGACAUAGGGUUUGUUUGUUAGUGUUUAUCAUUAAUCUCCGAAGGGAAACAGGCACAACAAGCGGGAUAAACUUCCUUGAAAAGGAUAAGAUACCCGAGGGGGGUACGAAUAUGAAUAAUCUCCCACGCCUCUUCCAAGGAUACAGCUGCAGGAUGAAUCGUGGAUAGCUCUAAUGGUAGACAUUUUCGAGGCGAUUGACUUAAGGCCCAACUUUAUCUUGGCUUCUGAAAGCAAAGAGCCCAAGGAAGUGGACAGCUUUGCUGAGUAGGUGUCUGCUUUUUCUGGAUAGAUAUUUGCUCGUGGCUCUUGUUUCUUAGAAUGUUCGCUCAGCGGAAAACCUCCAGUAGAGUGCACUGGGCCGCUUUUAAGGGGAAGAAGCGCCACGCGCAACCAGGGGGGUGCGCGCUGUGUUUGGCUGAGCCGCUAAUUGUGAGGCGGCUGGUUGACUCGGGGAGCGGCAUGUGGCGGGGGCGCUGCUCUUGUCGACGCUGCAGCCCCAUUGCUUCAAACGAGCGCUGGGCCCUUUGGUUUGCUUGUUCUCUGCGUGCGUCGGUCGCACUCACUCCGGCCGCGUGUCGUUCUUGCGCCGAGAUGUUAGCCUGCGGAACCCUUGCUUCAGCGUGCAGGGGCGUGCCUGCGUGGCAUGUGGCUGCGUGAGCGCUUGGUAGAUUUGAUCUGACAGAGGGGAAGGGCGGGCUUGCCUCGUUGGUUGAUGGCGGUCAGCAUGUCCAGGGCGAGUGGUGUUGUCGAUCAGGAGGUCACUCACACCUGCGGCGCCUCCCGCUUGUCCCGGGCAUGGCGCGGCGGGUGCCGCCGUCGAGUCUCAGGCCUUUCCUUGUUCGACGACUGAGUGAUAAAAGUCUCAUGUCCGGCGUGAGACUCAGAAGCCUCGGAUUUCUGAGACUCACUUGGCAAAGUCUUGAGGCUCGCGGCGAACAUGAGGGGCCCUUCCGUUCCUCGGACUGGCCAUGCGGGGUCGACUGGGUCGCUCUGUGGACCGGGAAAGCCCUUCAUGUUCGCCGCGGGCCUCAGGAUUUUGGCGUGUCUCAAAAGUUGAAUCUUGGAACACCUGGAAUCUCUGAGGUUCGGCGCGGGCCUCAGCCUUUUCUCAGUCCUUGGACUGCUAAGCGUCUGAGACCUGCGCGGGCGGAGGGGCUGCUUCCAGAACCUGUCACAGCAGAGCGGCUUACGCUGUGACAAUGACGGCGCGCUACCCGGGACCGGGUGGGGGGGUGCGUCUAUGAUCCGCGCGCCCUCGGUCGUGGGGCCUUUGUCGUCCUUUUUGCGUGGGUGCUGCCGUCCGUGGUUUUCAGGGCGCCGCGCUUGCGCAGAUGCGUAUUCGGAGACGUCACGUUGGAGCCAGGUGUUCUUGUGUGAUAGUGAUUGCAUUGGUAUCUUGGAGCGCCCCCGCCCCUUGCUGGGGUGAGUGGCUCGCGGGGACGGUGAGUCCUUUUCUUGUUCGGGUGGGUGGGCUGGAAAAUUUCCGCUGAAAUAGACAAGAUUUCUAAAAAUCAUUUUAAUUUUUUGAAGCCAUCGAUCAUCUUUAUCUACUUUUAUAAAUACGCCCGCUUGGACUGAAGGCAGUUCUAAUUAUGGGAGCGACAGCGGCUGCCGAAGAUGGCAUGUCAAACGAAAGGAGACAAAUACAAAGACAACUGUGCGUCUUCGAUGUGCUCUUGAGCAGCAAAAGCGCAGCGCCGGGAAAGGCGUUUAAGGCUUUUCUGUGUCUGUACAACUAAAAAAGCCUACCUAGAAUACACUCAAAUUUUUUUAGGGAAGAAGAUAAAGUGACUUCUAGGACCAUGCGUCUGUCUGUAGAAUGCUUUGCUUUUACUACUUCUCAGUAGAUCGGUGGCUUAGUAGGGCGAAGUCUAAAAUAAUGUCUCCUAGGGAGGUGAUUGGAAAUCUUCUGCGGGAGCGGCUGAUAAAUGAAAUCACGGGAGUGGGAGUCGGGACUGGCUUGGGUGCGAUCUCCCUGCAUGAGCAGCUGCUCGAUGUUGCGCGAAAGUUGUUACCGUAUAUUAAGGCGGAAUUUCGGAUCAUCAUAAUGUAUUGAGACUUUCUCGAGUAGUAAUAUUUAUGUAUCGCGUGAAAAUAAAAAUAUGAGUUCUACCUACGAAUCUACGAGGUGAUGACUGGUGAAGGGUUGAGGUAUUUUUUUACAUGCAGGAGGUCUUCCCUUUUAUUUUUGAGCUCCAAGAACUCUAACUUAAGCUUCGCCUUCAGAGACUUGUGGGCUGAUCAUGAUGGAAGCUUGGGCUUGAUGCAAUUGGCUUGGGAACGGCCGAAAGAUUCUUUUUUUAUUAGCCAGAACAGCGAGGGUGGUCGGAAAAUGACAAGUUGGAUUCGAAAGCUAGAGAACGAUGAAGCACAGGUGUCAUCCGAUGGUCAUGGUCUGAAGGUGCUUGCACAGCUGAAAGUAUUGGUAUGGGAACACUAUACUAGUGAGAGUGUAUAUAUUCAACUACUUCUUAAAAGGUAAGAAAGGGCCGUUUUCGAUGCACUGCCACCUGUGGAGUGAGGGGAGAGCAUUUUUUAGAACAGGGCUACUAAAGUUGUCACACAUUUUCUGUUUCAUAAUUGGCAGACAAGACACGACACAGGCUUGCGCUUUGGGGCCUGCUUCCUUCAGCAAAAUCGUUCGACCUGCUUCCUUCAUCAGACAAGAAUGUGCUGUCCCGGGACAGGUCUCUCUCCUCUAUCAUUUUGGGUUCUCUGGCAGAUGACCUGAAAAACAAACACCCGAAACCGAAUAUGUCGCCAAAGAGCCCGGACUUACUCGGGAACCGAGUACCCACAUUAUUAUAUACUAACGAAUAGAUAUACUAUUCUUGGACUUGUUCCACCCCUCUACAUCUAGAAGUGUAGCCAAUCUUGUAACUCUGUGCACAAGUUUGGUCGUCGUCCUCGUCAUUUAGAUUACCUCUACCCGGUUCCUUUUUUUACAGGCCUUCGGGAUGGUUUCUUUAAGGCCUACCAGAUGACAUUCUCCACUAUUGUCCUUCGCUAGGUAUUUAGAAGUAGUGGCAGCAUCAAGAUGAAGAAGGUAGAGAGCUUUCAGGAUCAUCCUUGCAGCUCUGUACCUUCUUCAUCUCGGAGGAUGUUCUGGAGAGUGUAGAAACCUAUUUUGGCAGCUUCUAACUCGGACUCUCAGUGAAAUUGAGGAGGCCACUCUGUGCGAGGAGUUUCUAGUGGCAGUUCUGGGGGUUUGGGCAGACGAAAAAAAGAAAGCGAUACUAUGAAGUUGAAGACAACCGACAGUCACUACAUCCCCAACAUCAUACGAAUUGGUUUCCUUUUCAAGGGGAAAAGGAAGGAGUCCCCAAGGAUAUGACAAUAAGUACUCAAGGAAGAUGGUGCGACGGCGACGAAGUAGUUCUAAUUAGAAACACGGAAGAGGCAGACUCAGUCGGAAACGCAUACUUUCCCACGAGCCAAGGACUCGCGAGCCGCGUUCUUUCGCUCCCUGAUCCAAAUCUGGAAGGGAGACAGGCAAAGAUCAACGACGCAAAAGCAAGACAGCAGGUAACGCUAUUUAAGUACAUUUAAAGGCGACUUCUGCAUGUAGAGCUAGAGGACUCAACAAGCAUUCGAGAAAGACUUGAUACUUGUUCAGUUCUCGUCUCCGCUUUAUAGCAGUACUUGUUAUGCUACGCAAUUAAUAACUUUCUACUUUCUGUUGGUCAAGGUCAUAAUCCUAGAAGAAUCACAAAGAUCACAAGGAUAAAGAUCAACGAAAUGACCAGGAUCGCCAGGCAAAAGGUUACCGGAGCACCAUCCAAACGCCCGACGGGUUUACCGUCGCGCGGGUGUCUCUGGCUUCUCCUCUCUCUCCCGUGUGUGGCUCAAGCCUCCCAAUACAGUCAAGGACAGAACAACACCGGAAUGAUCUCAAAGAUAACCUACAGACCUAAAUGCAUAUAGUUCCAAAAUCAGUGAUCUACAGGCAAAGGACCUUCAACGGAUUCAGAUAGCAGGAAUGAUGAAUGUUUCAUAGCUGUAGUCAGGUCCAUAACGUCUUGUCAGUUCUGCUCAAAGAUGAGAAUCAAUGUAGGAUGAUCGUAUGAGUCAAUGAUCAUAGCAUAAGGUUUCCAUAUGAAGCAUAUGGAAGCUUCCCCAUGCAGCAUGAUAUCCCAAUGAUGAAGCUGAGACUUCUUCCUUGCAACCCCAAUGAACAUCCACAGGGAUCAAAGCAGCCAGAGAUCAUUAGUCUCAGGCUGUGAGUGCAAAUUGUGCAAACUUUAUCACUCUCAAGCGUUUCUCACCGAGAAACUAGACGCGACUUAACAGUCUGUGUUCGAAUGGUCCAACACUUUCCAAUGCCAAACAAGAACAAAACGCAGGUUGCUAGUUUUCUUUUUCGAUCUAUAAUAGAAGAACAAGAAAAGAGUCUCCUACUCCUCGUGAUUUCGUUCGUCCAAAAAUCAUCUCCAUGAACCCCACACAUUUAGGCUGAAUGGAAGAAGGUGUCUCUUGCUCAGGCUAGCCAGGGGGUAUGUCGAACGCGGAGAAGCGACGGACAACAUCUUGAUCCGCAUAAGGAUCCUGAUAUGUAUCUUAUGGCUUUUAAAAGUAACUAGUUCAUCCACUUAUAUCUUCACAAACGAGUACGUGUCUCGUUAGUAUCUAUCCUCAAAUUCCUUUUUGGAAGAAGCAAAAAACUAUGAGCAUAGAGGCUGCACGGGAGUAGUAGUAUACCGAACUCACCUUAGUUCGUGGGCGCAAAUAGUCUCACUUGAAGAGCAGUCUCCAGUUUUGAACGAGGUUCCGGCUGAGUCUAGCUUCGUGGCCGGGUUGUAGGUUAACCGCGCGACCAGCGGGUAGGUUACGCGAGGGCUUCAGCAUCAGCUACCCAGUUGGGGCGGGUUGUCUCGCUCUCGCGGCUGGUAGCCAGGAACUAGACAGGGAUAUGCCUAGCGGCUCGCUAGCGUGUGGGCUUUGCUUGGGCAGUUUCUCGAAUGUUCUUGCGUAAGGUGGGACCAACUCAGGGCAGGCGUGCACUACCUAGGGGAGAAAUUUAGCGGGGCAGAAAACGGCAGAGGGUCUCGUCGGUGGGGUCGAGAGACUGAGCAUUUUCUCUGCUACGAAUAUAGUGACGCGGUCACUUUGGUAUGACUGAGGUCAGUCGAAGGCGUUCUAGCUUUUAUUUCUAGCUACUGAGGCUAUUCGGCCAGUGAGGAGCUUGGAGGUCAAGUAUGUGCAAUUUAUCAGCUGGGUUAUUACUACUGUGUCCCCUUUACCUCUCUCCCCUUUCUCUCUCUCCUUGACCGUCCUGGCGGUAGUUAUCUCACGAUUAAGACGUCUGUUUGCUAGUACUGUGUUGAUAUCAAAAAUUUGAUACUGUCAGUUCCUCGCUCUAACUUAGAAUACUCGUGGCAAAAAGUUCAGCUGGAGUGGCUGUUUAUGAUGUGCUCGUCCAUGCUAGGUUGUGGACGGUAUGAGUGUACACUUCUUUCACUGCCCGAGAGGAGACCCCGCCGGCCCGAACAACAACACGCUCAAGAGGCGAGACAAGCAAGUCUGGUCUCGUCCUCCAAGCAGAAAAAAGCCGGCUCGCCAAGUGACUCCAUAGGUAGAGCCCCAAGUAGAAGAAGGCAUGGAAGUGGCCCACUCACGGAUAUGACGACUGCCCCUAAUUCAUCUCCUCUAUAGGGAUCCCUCAAACAUUCAUAUAAUGCGCCCCGAUACAAGGGAGACACUGACGCAUAUGCUUGAGGGAUUUCCACAGGGAUGAAUAGAGGAGAGCUCUAAGUAGGAAUCCAGCCCCUCAGCUCCACCUCGCAAAUCCACGCCUCCGAAGGCCACAAGUUUUGUCGAGGAGACGCUGCAGGAUCCGGGUAGGAAACUCUCGGAGGAUACAAAUGCGACAUUCUCGGAGAAUACAAAUGCGACAUUCUCGGAGAAUACAAAUACGACAUUCUCGGAGAAUAGAAAUACGACAUUCUCGGAGGAUACAAAUACGACAGUGACAGACCUCCUUGACGAAAGCAAAAAUACGGGAGCUGGUACGAAUAUUUGGAAUUGUAGUUGUAGUUGUACGAUGGGUCACUCCAGAGCUUAUGCUUAUGUAGAAUGAAAAUAAAAUAAAAAUCUUAAUCUUCAUCUUUCUUAGAUCAUGGUGUGUUUGAAUCAAUCAAAUCAUGUUGACAGGUGCCUAGAUGAUAGGUGACCAUCCUUACAUUUGAUAUUAUCUGACUUGAACAACCACCACUCCAGAUAACGACGCAACAACUGCUGUUAAGGCCCUACUCCAUGUUAGUAGAGGAGGUCUGUCUCAGGUCUGUCUCUAGCCGUGAUAUGUCUUUCAAUCAGAACCGUCUGCAUGCGCAUCCCAAGAAUAGGUUAGAUAAAAGGGAGAUGAGAUAGAAAGGCCUAUUCACCUUGCGGGAUCUCUAGUACAGUGAUCAACUGGGGUAGACUCUAACGCAGACGCGGAUCUGGGUAGCGACAAUGCUGUAGACGCGGAAACGGGUAGCCACAAUGCUGUAGACGCGGAAAUGGGUAACCACGCUACUGUGCACGCCGAUCCGGGUACCCACAAUGCUGUAGACGCGGAAACGGGUAACCACGCUACUGUGGACGCCGAAAUGGGUAGCCACAAUGCUGUAGACGCGGAAACGGGUAGCCACAAUGCUGUAGACGCGGAAAUGGGUAGCCACGCUACGGCUACAGUAG